AUUUGGCAUCUAUGUGUUACGCAUGUUCACAUAAGAUGCUGUUAUCGAAGGCUGCAAACCAUUUGAGUUGUCUUUCAUUGCUCUACAAUUACUUCCCUUGGGCAUAUAUAAAUUAAGUGCCCCGGAUUAAAUCAACCUUUUCCAUUUAUAACUGCUACACACAGGUUGGCGUUCCCCUAUUUCAUAAGAAUUUGUAUUUAAUAUCUGAAUUUUCAAAUACACUAAACCUCAAAUUUGGUUUAGCACAAUUGUUUAUUGCGUUUAAUUGAUAUAUUUGUCAUUUUUAGUACAUAAGAUGUAACGAUGGCAUAGGAUUGUUUGUCUAAUUUACUUGUGUCUCUGAUCACCGGCCAUGCUGGUUUCCUCAUUACAUUUUUUAAUUUUUUUUUUAAUUGAUCAAACAUUGAUUGUUAAAUUUUCUAGACAUUUUGAUACAGUGAAAAGUACGUACAAUGGAAAACGAUUCGAAUUAAUUAUUUUUAUGAUUCAUUACCAAUUUUAAUGGGGGGGGGGGGGGGGGGAUUAUCGUACAAAUCAAAAGGAAUUUAUUAAUUCCUUUUGUUCGCAUGCAAACUAUUACAGAUAUAUUAAUUAUAAAAUUAUCCCUACAAGAAGCGAAUUAGUAGCGACUGGCGUUAGUCAGACUGAAAUUUCUGUACAAUGUAAUGGUUAUAUAUCGUGGUCAUUAUAUAUUUACGCGCGAGCUACACUCGCAGGACUUGGCGACUGACGUCAUAAAUUCAAAUCGGGAUCGAGAUGCGAAAUUUUUAGCUACUGGGGUUUUCAUGGAUAACACGUUGAGUAUUUUUUACCUUUGCAUGCCUAGUCAAUACCCUGGUGCAGUUACCUGGACUAGAAAUUAUCUUAUAUCUGUUAAGUUGAUUUACAAAAUAAUACAUAGCCUCUAGCAGUUACGGGAUUUCGGUCAAUUCUUUCCUAUAAGCAAUAUGCAUUACCCCGGACCGAAAAGCUAGAGAUCUGUAUUAUUCGAUCUUCAUUUACCGAUAUAUGUAGGUACAUGUAUAUGAUUUAAAUGAGUUGAAUUUUCAUUGAGGGAAUCAUUGCACAAGGCGGUCAACUGUCAUGCCACGCAAACGACAGACAUCCGACCAACCACCCAAAAGGGCCAAAAGGGGGAGACGGCAAGACGGCCAAGCUAUGCCACCGCCUGAUCCACAACCUGACAAGGAUAAAAGUCGUCAAUCGAUGGAGACCCCACAGUACCCUUCUCAUUCCCAGUUAAGUUUACCGGCCCCGCUGCAGGGUACAGAGGACCAACACAAUCUGCAGAUUCCACAGCAGCAUAUACAGACAAUCUCACUUCCCCCACAGCAGAGCCCACCAGGGGUACAGCAGCCAGCAGAAGAUGAACAGUUCAUUUGGAUGUUUGGGUCAUCUAUCAUAAAACGUGCACAUGUAGAGUCAUUAUAUAGGCCUGGUGGGACCAAUCUCAAUUUAGAAAGGAUAAAAGUUUCAUUGUGGUGGCAGGGUUAUGGAGGACUCGAAUUGAUCAAAGCCAUUAACAAGAUAAAGACCCUACGGCAAGUAGGCCCUUCCCCUACCGCCUUGUUAAUCCACUGUGGCGGUAACGACUUGGGUAAAACUUCUGUGAGAAAAAUAAGAUUGGCAAUAAAUCAAUUGGUUCAUUAUUUAAGACAAGAAUUUUGUAGUGCACACAUCAUAUGGUCUCUUAUUUUGCCCAGAAUUGCCUGGCGAUACACACAAAACACAAAAGCUAUGGAGAAAGCUAGAAAACGAAUUAAUUCCUUUAUUCAGAGUAGAGUGUGCGAGGUUGGGGGUUCCAUCAUUCACUACCCUGACAUAUCCGACCAUCCUCAAUUUUUUCAAUCCGAUGGGGUACAUUUAUCACAAUUGGGCAAUCAAAUAUUCUUGAAUACCUUGCAAGGCGGGCUGGAAUCUAUCAUGAAAUUCAAGGCCCAAGUUUACCCUCCACUAUAAGUUUUCCCACACGUAACCUGACAGGGCACGGCUGCCGCUCUUACCCCCACCCAAUCGGUGGCGGAGACCCAACUGAAAGGGCUUUGAUGCAAAGCUCUUGCAGUUGAGUCUUUUGGCCCAACGAGCGGCUUAUUAUGGACAUGUGAAAUAUAUGACAUUUGAUUUGAAAAUUCGGCCUUGAUUUCUGCUCCUCCCAGGCUUAAGGCCAUGUUUGUUUGAUGUGUUUGAAUCUCGACCUUGACCUUUGCAUCUCCCAGGGUCAAGGUCAUCCCUAAUUGAUGUUGACAUUGAUAUGAUGCUUUUGAGGCUUGCCAUUUGUGUGAGGCAGCCCACAAUUUGAACUUGAUUUGUUUGCUUUUGAUACUUUAAUCAGCCGUGCCCUUUAUCGCCAAAUAAAAUUAUAAACACGUAUUGCUUGUGUCUGUUUGCACUUUCUGAGAUAAUUUGGCAUCUAUGUGUUACGCAUGUUCACAUAAGAUGCUGUUAUCGAAGGCUGCAAACCAUUUGAGUUGUCUUUCAUUGCUCUACAAUUACUUCCCUUGGGCAUAUAUAAAUUAAGUGCCCCGGAUUAAAUCAACCUUUUCCAUUUAUAACUGCUACACACAGGUUGGCGUUCCCCUAUUUCAUAAGAAUUUGUAUUUAAUAUCUGAAUUUUCAAAACCCAAACCCACCCACCCGGAACUGUUUUGUGUCUUUGCUUUUUCUUCUGAAACCAGGAUACUGCUUGUGCUUGCUUUAUCUUUCAGGUUACACUCCCAAAUAAAUGUCUGUGCGGCUGAUACAGAAACAAUGACUUUGGUGUGACUUGUGAGCUCAUUGCCCAACGAGCGGCUUAUUAUGGACAUGUGAAAUAUGACAUUUGAUUUGAAAAUUCGGCCUUGAUUUCUGCUCCUCCCAGGCUUAAGGCCAUGUUUGUUUGAUGUGUUUGAAUCUCGACCUUGACCUUUGCAUAUCCCAGGGUCAAGGUCAUAUGUUGAAUUUGUUUUUGAAUUUGACCUUGACCUCUGCAUCUCCCAGGGUCAAGGUCAUCCCUAAUUGAUGUUGACAUUGAUAUGAUGCUUUUGAGGCUUGCCAUUUGUGUGAGGCAGCCCACAAUUUGAACUUGAUUUGUUUGCUUUUGAUACUUUAAUCAGCCGUGCCCUUUAUCGCCAAAUAAAAUUAUAAACACGUA